AUGGAACCAGAAAGGAGAGUCACACGAGGCAUGAGUAGGAGUGACGACAGGAUGGAGGAAAAUGAGAGGAGAGCGUUGGAGGAGCUUAGAAGAGCAAUGGGACAGGAUCUUGGGAUGGAAGAUAGUGUAGGGGGGUCAGUUCAAGGAGAUGAGUCCUUUCCACCAAUACCUUCUAAUCCUCCUACCCCUGCGGGCGAUGCUCCCCCGCCUAUUGGAUCCCCAGUUGGAUCGGAUCAAACUCCGCGGCCAGAAAACGCUGGAAGUGGGACGAACUUCGGAGAAGGAGGGACACAAGGGGUGAUGCUAGCCUUGAUGCAGAUGGUGGCAAACAUGAACAAGGAUAUGAUGGAAGAACGGACAACCUUCGGCGCAGGUUGGUGUCCAAGCGGCCAUGACGUCCACGGUGGUAAGGAGUGCGCCGCCGAACAUCGACGAAGUUCGCCGAAAAUGGCCUAG